GACGUCGAGUUCGCGUUGCCAAUACUUGACGUUCCUCGCUGCUGAAUGAUGAUUGGAGUACUACUACCCAAUGGACGAACGCGUUUGCUUUAUGUGACAUUUUUGAAUUUGUACUGCAAGAGGAGAAGCUGGGUGGAGGGUGAGUGGAAGUUGAAUUGGAACGAUAAAAAUAAAAAAAUAAAUAAAAAAGGAGCAAGUAAGCAAUCAAACAAACAAACAAACAAAUAUUAAGGGUUAUACUGGAUUUUUUUUUAAAUUGGAGACGAUGAAGAACAGGAAGAGUGAGGUUUUAGCUUUCUCUCUUGUGUCUGGGAUUAACAAGGCAAUAGCACGACUGGUGGACAUCUGGGAUAACAUAGGAAUACAGGAAGAACAAAGGGUGGAGCGCAUGGAGGCAGUCAAGAAACAUAUUGAGCUUUUGAUGAAUGAAAUGAUUAUAGAAGAAGAAAAUUUAAAGCUAAGAAUCUUAAAGAACAUAAGUGCUUGUCGAGAGGAAUUGGAUAUAUUGUAUCACGAGCUGUCCCUAGAACCUUAUCAAAUUGAUCUGAAUCAGACUGUUCUGCAAUUGGAAAAGGACCUACGAACAAAAUUGGAGGAUCUAGUGAAAGAGAAAACUGACCGUCUGAAAGAGUUGAAAUCCCUUCAAGAGAAGGAGAAGUCCCUCUGCAUUGAUCUUUGUGCCACUCCCUAUUACAUUCCCACAGGCAGUAUUCCAUCCCACCAGCAACUCCAAGAUCUUAAGGAACAUAUCAAAUGUCUUUCACUGGAGCGGGAAAGCCGUGUUGAAGUGUUUUCUGGACUUCGUCAAGAAAUCAGUCGGUUAAUGAACGAAAUUGGUCACAAUCCUGAAACGACUCUGGAGAAAGAUGCAGUUUGUGAUGAUGCAGACACCUUCCUUCUCACAAGUGAAAACAUCAAAGCUCUGAAACUAAUUGUGUGCCAGUUGGAGGUGAAAAAGGAAACCCUGAUCUCAACACGAGAUGAUUUAGUAGAAAAGGUCUCUAAUUUGUGGAAUCGACUAGAGUUUUCACAAGAGGACAAAAGUCAUUUUGAAAACUAUAUUAAGGGCUCGCUUUCUGAUGAGGUUAGAAAGUUGCAAAAUGAGCUGGACCGACUUGAUGAACUCAAAAGGGCUAACAUGCAAGAAGUCAUUGAAAACAUCAGGCACGAAUUGAUGGAGUACUGGGACAAGUGCACUUUCAGCACUGAACAGAGAGAAUCCUUUACAGCCUUCUAUUCAGAUAACUUCAAAGAGGAGUUGCUGAUCAAGCAUGAAGAGGAGCUUGCACGGCUGAAAAAUUACUAUGAUCAGUGCAAGGUGUUGUUUGAUGCUGUUAACAAAUGGGAACAAAACUGGCAUUUAUUCCAGGAUUUUGAGAAGAAAGCAUCUGAUCCGAACAGGUUUUCUAACAGGGGGGGUACUUUGUUGAGAGAGAGCAAAGAAAGGGCAAAAAUACAGAAGAUGUUACCCAAGCUUGAGGAAGAAAUAAAGGGUUACAUUGAAGCAUGGGAAGCUGAGCAGGGCACCGCUUUUUUUGUCAAGGGACAGAGAUUUAUGGAUUAUGUGGCCAACCAAUGGGAGGAGCUCAAAACACUGAAGGAAAAAGAAAAGAGUCAACGUUUAAAGAAAGGGGACAAUUCUGCUUUGAGAACUCCACCUGUCAAAAGACCACAUGGGGGAACUACUAUAAUGAAUACGCCAAGCAAGACUAGAAAGCUCGCUUGCACCCCAAAUGCAUCUGUUAUGCGAACAACAGUUAGCAGCACAAGCAGCAACAGCACAGGCAGCACAUUUCACAGUGUAACAGGGAAGCCUCCUCUCUCUGUGCAGAAGACCCCACAUCGGAGCAGACUUCCAGAUAUUUCACACCUAACCCCUUUACAAGAGUUCAAAAGUGACAAGCCUGCUGCCAGCUAUACGCAGUUUGCAGUAAGUUUGAAUAAAGAACUUGAAAAGAAGUCGAAUAACAUAGAAGCCAUACUGAAUUCUACAGCAAAGGAUAUCCUCCACUAACUUCCCGUUCUCUUUCAGUAAACUUGCAUGAAUUGAACUGUUCCUUUCUCUGCCUAGUGGAAAGCAUUUGAAAGUGUGUUUUCCUGUAGUCCAUAAUCUGUCCAAAGAAUUGUGUUAAACAUGACUCAAUGUUGUAUAAUUAGGAAUCUUGCUACACUGUAAGACCUUCCACCACUGCUAUUGUAGAUUUGGGGUUUGGUAGUACUUUUAGAUUUUUACAGGACAUUAGAAGGCAAUAAGGGAAAAUAUUGAGGAAAAACUUAUGAAUUGGGGAAUUUUAAGAAAUAUGCAUGGAAUCAUAUUUUCCAAUUUAUUUCUGUUUUGUACAUUUUAUUUUAUCUGGAGAAGCUUGCUUUUGCAUUUAUAAAUGUCUGUGCUUACUAUGUGUGAAAAGUUCUGAUACAUUGAGCAUUUUAGAUGCUGUUGUGUGUUUUUUUUUUUUUUUUUUUUUUUAAUUUUUUACGACAUUCCUAAAUUGUUUCUGUGAACUUUGUUAUAUUGCCUGUAUUCUCUAUUAAACCAUUCUAAAUUUACAUAUGACUAUACAGCUGAAAUAUCUAUUUUUUAAUGCAUGCACUGUGAAACUAGUAGCUACAAACCAGAUUAAGGGUAUGGGUAUACUGCUUAGCAUUAAUUGCAAACUUACGUUUGUUGGUAGAAAAAUAUUUUUCAUUUGAUUGGAACAAUAUAUUUACUUUCAUCCUGACUGUGAAUCAUAUGAUCUGGACUGCGACUUUCAAUAAGCUUCAUGGUCAAGUUUAAUUUAUUCUCUUCAAAUGUAACAGCAGUGCAGUGCACCCAAAACAGAUAAUAAAGUACUAAACAAGGGGGAAUGAUAAAUAUGAAGUAGUAUAAUAAAAAUAAAAAGUAUUACUGGUUGUAAAGCGCAAUAUAUGAAGAUAUUGACUUUCUGAAAAGGUUAAGACGAUUGUUUACCAAAUUAAGAUUAUAUUAAAGAAAGAAAUAUGCCGUUAUGCUAAUAAAUGUCCCCACAAAAGGAUGUUAAUGGUGUAUAUGUUUUUGUAAGUAAACAGAUAUGCAGAAAGUGUUAAAGUAUUUACAGAUGUGAGGACAUACUGCAGAAUUCAGUUGUAUAGAUAUUGAAUAUACAGUGGCUUUCAAAAGUAUUCACCCUCCUUGGACUUUUCCACAUUUCAUUGUUACAAUAUGGAGUCAAAAUGGAUUUCAUUCAGAGUUUCUGCUAC